GUACAUGUCAGAUUGGUGAAUGUCGGUUGUGAAGAAAUUUGGCAUGCAAACAAGGAAAUAAUCAGGACAAACUCCUUCGCCUGACCAUAAUACUACUUUCUCGUAAUCAAAUAACAAUAAUAGUAUCGAUCUCAACUGCUAAUGGACAGCAGAACUCAGCUGUGAAGCUUGUAUCUGCCCCAUUUCCGCAUAACUUUGUCGACAAACAUGGCGCAUGAAACUGGCACCUCCUACUAUCAGGGAGGUGCCAAGAGAAACUCCUAUCAUGACAUUAGUCAGAGAUACGGGUUGAAUCCCCAUCUUACUGAAGAAGAACUUCAACUUCAGUUAGAGGAAAUGAGGGAGAAUCUCAAAAAGGAAAUCAGAAAAGAAAUGAAGAUAAAAGAAGGAGCAGAAAAACUAAAGGAAGCCACAACAGAUAAGAAAAGUUUGUCGGAUGUUAGUAGUAUUGUGAAAAAGGCAAACUCCAAGUUAAAAGACUUACAUAAUGAACUGCUGGAGAUCAAUUCUAACUUGCUGAUGUCCAAUAGUCAUACACACAUGGAGUCAAUGUCUGAUACCUUGAAGUCACCAGAUACAAAAGAUGGAGGCAGUGAUAACAGUCCUUUAGCUCAGAGACUGAACAAUCUUCAGAAACAGUUAGAAAUUGAAAAUAAGGUGAAGCAAGGAGCUGAAAAUAUGAUAGCUAUGUAUAGUAGUGGUACAUUUCGUGACAAGAAGAUGUUAGCUGAAGCUCAACAGAUGUUAUUGGACGCCAAAACAAAGAUUGAAAUCAUCCGGAUGCAGAUGAUAAAAGUCGCUCAAGAUGCAUCCUGUGAUGAUGCAGGUCAAAGAUGUGAAGUGUUAUCUCCCUUAGAAUUAAGGAUAGAAGAAUUGAGGCAUCAUUUGAAAAUAGAAUCAGCUGUUUCAGAAGGAGCCAAAAAUGUCCUGAAAUUAUUACAAAUGUCUAAAUCUCCUGACAGCAAAGCUUUGAAAGAGGCCCAGUCAACAAUGUCAGAAUCCAGUCAGAAGUUAGAAUUACUCAGAAUCUCAUUAGAAAAGCGUUGUGAAGAAUUAGAACCUAAAUCUGCCAAAUUACACAUUUUACAGCAAGAACUUGAUGCUGCAUAUUCAUCGUCUUCAUUACUUAAAACAAACGAUAGAAAUUCUGAAACCUCCAUGUUCUCAAAGUCUGCUGCUAUUACUGGCAAACUGGAAGUUAGAUUGGUAGGUUGUCAGACCUUAUUAGAGGAUAUUCCAGGCAGAAAGAAAGACAAUCUACAGUUGCUACUCUCUAGUCCCGGUGAAAGUAAAAGUUUGUUACGAGGCUCUAAGAACUAUAGAGGCAGUACUAAAACUUAUAAUGUUAAAGAGGAAGUGUCAAAUGAAGUGAUGGCUGUUAUCAAAUUAGACAAUGUUCAAGUAGGUCAGACUGGCUGGAAGACGUGUAGUCAACAGUGCUGGGAUCAAAGAUUUAAUAUAGAACUUGAUAGGUCUAGAGAGUUAGAGUUAGCAAUCUACUGGAGAGAUUGGCGACAGAUGAGUGCUGUAAAGUUCUUACGACUCGAAGAUUUCCUUGAUAAUCAGAGACAUGGAAUGGCAAUUCAUUUAGAACCACAAGGAAUUUUAUUUGCAGAAAUUACGUUUGUAAAUCCUACUUUGUCCAGAAAACCUAAACUCCAAAGACAGAGAAAGAUUUUUCCAAAACAUAAAGGAAAGAAUUUUCUCCGACCUGGCCAAAUGAAUAUAAAUGUUGCAACAUGGGGACGUCUGAUGAAGAGAGCUUUACCACAUGAAUGUCGAGAUAAUGCCACUGCCCUUAGUCCAGCCAGUCAGAUAAGUUCCCCUGGUAUUAUGGCGCAGGACAGAGGACCUCCUAUUCACACUAUUAAUUUUGAACCAGUAUCAAAUGAUGAAAAAGUUCCUGCUCUUCCUAUGUCUCCUCCCCCUCCUGUCAUGUCUAAUAGAGACUUUACAACACCUCCACAGCAUCAAGAACGUGCUAUACAGCGUGCUUUAGAAUCUUUUGACUUCCUACCUGACGGGGAUGAUGCCAAUAGUACGAUAGACUUAGAUAAAGAAUUACCUGUUGUGAUAAACACUCUGCCUAAACCUUCAUCAGAGACUUCAUCCUAUAGACCCUCAUCAUAUAAACAACCAUCACCUCCACUUCCACAGAAAACAACUCAAAAAAAUUCAUACGUUGUGCCAGAACCAGAUUUCUCUGAUCAACAUGUACAGAUGGAUGAAUUUAGAGCUGUUAGUGUAUUAGGUAGAGGGCAUUUUGGAAAAGUAAUUUUAGCAGAAUAUAGAAAUACUAAAGAAUUUUUUGCAUUAAAAGCUUUAAAGAAAGCAGAAAUUAUAGCGCGGGAUGAAGUGGAAAGUUUAAUGUCAGAGAAACGAAUAUUUGAAGUGAUUAAUUCCAUGAGACAUCCAUUUCUUGUUAAUUUAUUUGCUUGCUUCCAAACUAAUGAGCAUGUGAUAUUUGUGAUGGAAUAUGCCUGUGGUGGAGAUUUAAUGAUGCAUAUUCACACAGAUGUGUUUUCUGAACCACGGACUGUAUUUUACGCUGGUUGUGUUGUAUUAGGUUUACAGUAUCUACAUGAGCAUAAUAUUGUGUAUAGAGACCUUAAACUUGACAAUUUACUUCUGGAUAAAGAAGGAUUUUUAAAAAUAGCUGAUUUUGGACUAUGUAAAGAAAGUAUGGGAUAUAGUGAUAGAACUAGUACAUUCUGUGGAACGCCUGAAUUUCUUGCCCCUGAAGUUUUAACGGAAACCUCAUAUACACGUUCGGUUGAUUGGUGGGGAUUAGGUGUAUUAGUAUUUGAAAUGUUGGUUGGUGAGUCUCCAUUCCCUGGUGAUGAUGAGGAGGAAGUGUUUGACAGUAUUGUUAAUGAAGAGGUCCGGUAUCCAAGGUUCUUGUCUACAGAAGCCAUUGCAAUAAUGAGAAGGCUACUGAGACGAAAUCCUGACCGACGUCUUGGCUCAAGUGAACGUGAUGCUGAAGAUGUAAAGAAACAAGCAUUUUUUAGGAAUUUAAAUUGGGAUGACCUACUUAUGAAGAAAGUUAAGCCUCCAUUUACUCCAACAGUUAAAACUGCAGAAGAUGUAAGCAAUUUUGAUGAGGAAUUUACGCAAGAACAGCCGAGACUUACUCCUGCUAAAGACAGAAGAGACCUUUUAACGGAUGAUCAAUCAAUGUUCAAAGAUUUCAAUUAUAUUGCUGAUUGGUGCUGAGAAUAUUCAAGUGCCUGUCUCCUGAAAUAUCAUUCUUAGGUCUGAUGCAUGCUCAACAAAUCUUUUAUGUUAGAGGCCAGGAGUCAAUUUCAUAACAAAUACUUACAACUACAAUUUAUCAUAAGUAUUCUGAAUUGUUCAUGAAUUACAAUCAAUCUUAAUGAUAAGCUUUUUCAUGAAACCAAUUCCAGAAUCCUAUCCGGUUACACAAUUUCUGUGUUGAAAUUUUUUAUUAUCAAAUUGGAUAAUAAAAAAAAUCCAUUGCAAAGACAUAUUCUGUAUGGGACACUAAAAUUUAAAAAAUAUGUUACAAUAGUUAAAAAAAAUAUUUUUAAAAAUGGUGAAUUAUAGAUAAUUGCUUUUGGUCAAAUUUGAUUUAUAUUGGUCACUGAGUUAAUGCACCCAUCCCUUUAUAUAAAUUGAUUUAAUUCUUUUCUUUUUGAAUAAAGGGUAAGCCCUUUAGUUAUCAAUCUAUAAAAUGUUUAACACAAUAUUUUUCACUCUCAUUCCAUUAUUUAAUAAGUUAAGAGAUAUUUGAAGUGUUUAGUCUGAAAGUGGUGAAUAUGAGACGUAGCAUGUUUUCAAUUAGCUUUACUUUGUUUUUUUAUCUUUCAUGAGAUAGGCACUUGUAAUAAUUUCCUAAAAUGUGAUACUAUUAUUUUAAUUGAACAAUAUUUAAGGCAAUACAGAUAUGAAGUGUUCUUUUGAGAUGAUAUUCUCAAUGUCGAUUUUUUGCUCUUUUUUUUUUUUUUUUGUUAAGCGAUGUACUAUGUUUAUUUUAAUGCUGAUUUUAUGGAUAUUGUUAUAUGAAUGUUCAUUAAAGAAUUUCUGUACUGUCUCAACGUCAAAGUGAAAGCCUAUUUUUUGAAUUAUUUAUCUGUGUACAAGGUAUUACAAACAUGUAUUUUGUCACCAUUCCCUUUAAAAUUUCAAUAUCCUGAUUGUAUAUUUAUUCAGAUUUUUCAACACAUAUGUCAAUCAAUGACAUGAAAUAUAUCAGUAUCUGAUAAGUAAGUGUUUAGUUGAUAAAAAUAAAGUUGAAGACCCUAAAACUGACCUAUGAUUAAAAGUAUAAAUUUCUCUGACAAAAAAACAAGAAUAAGUCAUAAAUUUUAUAAAUUGUGCACCUUCUUCAUAUUGAAGAUUCAGAACAAUUUUACUGAAAUUUGAUGCCAGCCUUGUUCAAGGAAGAAAGUGUUUGAAAUAAUUGGAAGAGAAAUAUAUUUUUUUAAUUUAUAUAAAAAAGGAGAUUUUAUUUUCAAUCUUGGAAAUAUAAAGUUUACUAGUUUUUGCUUUUUUGAACAAUUCAAAAGAUAUCAAUGAGGGAAGUUAGAUUUCUCUGAAUAAGCAUUUAAAUACCAUUCCUAUGUGUUGUGUAGAAAAAAAUCACCAAUUUUAUAUCACAAGUUUUCCUUUAGACAUGUAAAAAUGUAUGGGUUACUAAAAAAAAAUAAUUUGAAUACAAAUAAUUAUAAAUUGUUCCUAUUGGUAAAAUUUGUCAUUUAAUAUAUAAAAAGAACACUCGAAUGUUAAGACAAUAUCAUGAGAUUAACUUUUUGGUGGGUGGGGGGGGGUUGAUAAAUGUAAAACCAAAUAUUCUGUUGAGCUUUCACAUAAAACAAAGACACUUAUUAAACUAUAUUAUGUAUGACUUUCCAGCAUUGAUCUUUAAUUGAUCCCGUAUUGGCCAGUGGUCAGACAGGAUUUAGUAUUUACAUUUGAUUGGCAAGAGAUUUAAGGUUGUACUUGAUAUUUACAAUGCAUAAUUUUAAAUUAGAUUUUUAUUUUGCAAAUGAUUAAUUUAUUCUCCCUUGCAUUAAUAGGUUAUUUAUUUAUAGUGCUAUUUUAAUUUUCUGUAACAUGGUGGUGCAAGAAAACGUGAAAUUCAGGAAAUGUGUGAUUUUGAUGAUACGUUUUAUUCUGUAGUUGCAAUGCAUUUGGAAUGAAAUCUGUUAUGACUUGUAAUGUUUGUGCUCCGGCUACAAUAGUAGGGACAUUGUGCUUUCUGAUUGCCUUUUCAUCUACAUGUCCCAUAUUAGGUUUAAGUUUUUGUUUAAUUGUAGUAGAUCAAAGUUUCAGAUAAAGGUAGUUUUCUAAGAAGUUGUGACCGCACCAACUUGAAGCUCACUUUACAUGUUUGUUAUGAUAUUAACUUUUUUUUUUUAAUAUAUGCCAGAUUAGGGUUGUGACCCAGGCUGUUCACUUAACAUGGGAAUGUGUGAGCAGGGCAUGGGCUCCUGUGGGUGCUAUUUCUUGUAAAAUACUGAAAUGUUUUUCUCACUAAGAAAUCAAUACAUGCUGACUCAGCAUUAAACAAUUUAUCUACUCUGACUAUUAAAAGACAAUGCAUUUCAAAUAGAUACCUAAAGGCCACAUUACAACUUAUCUAAAUAAUCAAACAACACAAUCAUUGAAAUACCUUAACCAAUUAUCAUCAUGCUUUAUCUACAGAUUGAUCUUGGAUUGAAAGUUACAGUAAAAGAAGAAAAAUUUAAAGAUAAAAAUAUAAGAAAGGUGUUCAAUUUCUUAUACAAUAUGAUUAUUGUUAACUUGUAUUGGGUAAACCAUAUGCUCAUGUUAUUGUUUAAUUUUAAGUAUGAAAUAAGUUUUCAAAAGGUGUCGCAUUUACUCAGGUUUCACCAGAAGUAUACACUUUUAGAAUAACUACACUGUAAAUCACUCAACACAGUAAAUAGGGUAUAACAACAAGUGUGGUCCUGAACAUCUAUACAUAAAAUGUUCAAGACUUGCUAAGCGGCUGAAACUUGUCUCAAAUCAUUGUGAGGAAAAGAACAUGUGUUGUUUCUGUUUAAAAGUUGUAUUUUGGUCCAGAAUUUAAUUAUUUUUGAUUUGGUAUUAACCUAAUUUGAUCAGAAUGGCUAGCCAGAUUAUUUCAAUAAAUUAAACCUGAUAAUUGUAUACCUCUGUUAUUUUGGGGUUGUAUAAAAAUUGAUAGGAUUGUUUAAAACAUGUUUAUUUAUAAACAAGUCCAAAAACUGGAAAACUUUGUAAAAAAUAAAAAAAACAUUAUUUGUGACUGUACAAUUGAACAUUUAUGUCUAGGAUUUUGAAAUACAAUAUGUUUUCUUGGUUGUAAUUUAAAGGUUUUAAUUCAUAAAAUUGAAAUAGAUUUAUGUUUAAAAUAUAUGAAAGGACUUUAUGCUGUCCUGCAAAACGUUCAUGGUGUGAUUUCUUAAUACACGAUGAUUUACUUUUCUGUUACUUCAUAUAAAGUGUCAAUCCUGCACUCACAAGUUUUAUAGCUAUUUUUCAUAACAAAACCUUGGAUAGUUAAGAUGUCCAGUCUCAAUUGAUAUCAUACAUUUGAUUGUAUUAAAACAUGUUAUAUUUGCUGGUUACAGCUUUCAGCUAUUCUUCAUACAUUGUAUUCUUCAUAAAGGACUGGCACCUUUUGUGUUCAACCAAAACUAUACAUAAUAUAUACAUCUACUUGUAGAAAUUUUAAGUCAUAUGAUUUAAAAAGUUUUCAAACAGGACUACAAUAAUAGACUUGACUCUGUUUUCUUGUUCAAAGUACAUUGUUGGAUCCUGUAUCUUUCCGUUUACUUGAAUUUACUUGAUAAACAAAAAGUGUUUUCUACGAAUCAUUCCGUGGAUUCGGUUUUGGACUUGUUUAUAAGCAAGUAAUAUCAUUCCAUCCAGAUGUAAAUAUAUUGCUAUCAGUGCAUUUACAGCAGAUUGUGUAUAUUUGUAUAUAACUUAUAAAUAAAAGACUAUGCAAAUGUACAUUCAACAUAA